GCUGCAGGAGCAGGGCAUGUUCAUUGUACAGGCUGUUCUGAAAGAAUACCGCGGCUAUUAAGGUGAAGUCUGAAAUACGUGAUUACUUCAAAGUUGUUUAAUCAGUGAAAGACGACUUUUGUGUUCCGAUUUAGUUUGAUAUGUGUUAACCGGUUGGAGCCGCAUGUACGAAUGAUCGAAAAGUAACGGUUGCACGUUGUACAAAAUCGACAUCACCGUUGUCGGCUCAGGAAUUUGUUCGCUAGCACAGCUAGCUUUGAUAGCAAGCCACCUUGUGGUCCUGUCUUGGCAUUCUAGCCUGUAUUGUGGUAUGGAUUUUUAUCCAUAGACAGUUUCUAGUUUGAUCAGGAAUCUCGUUAAAGUGUAAUUUUAAUUGUUGUAGUUUUUCGCAUUUGUUUAAUUUGAGAAAAACAGCUUUCUAGUUAACGCUUGUCUGUGAAGGGGGACAUUUUGGGAGGAGAAAAUAACGUUCUCAGUGGUUUUUACAAAAAACAUCCCCAAACCAACAAUCAUGAACGGGUUCAGCACUGAAGAAGACAGCCACGACGGCCCCCCAGCGCCGCCGUUUUACGGCCAGACUUGUUGUUUGAUUGAGGACGGUGAGCGCUGCGGACGAUCAGCUGGAAACGCCUCCUUCAGCAAACGGAUCCAAAAAAGCAUAUCGCAGAAAAAACUAAAGCUGGACAUCGACAAAAGCGUUCGACAUCUCUACAUAUGCGACUUCCACAAAAACUUCAURCAGAGUGUCCGUAACAAGAGGAAGAGGAAGACUAGUGACGACGGAGGGGAGUCUCCGGACCAUGACGUGGAAGUUCCAGAGGUGGACCUGUUCCAGCUUCAGGUGAACACGCUGAGACGCUACAAGAGACACUACAAGCUGCAGACCAGACCUGGCUUGAACAAGGCCCAACUGGCUGAGACUGUCAGUCGUCACUUCCGGAAUAUCCCGGUGAACGAGAAGGAGACUCUGACCUAUUUUAUUUAUAUGGUGAAGAGCACCAAAAGCCGACUGGACCAGAAGUCGGACGGUAGCAAACAGCUGGAGUAAAGGCCACCGAUUUUAACUUCCCAUACCAAGACUUGGACAUGGACACGUGUGUUUGAUAACAAGGUGUUUUCCGACAGGCAGCCAAAACUGAUCUUAAGACCGUUGUUGAGACUCCGCAGGGUAAUGUAAUGCUGUAAUGUGAAUAUGCUGAUAUGUACAAAAUGCACAGAUUAUGAAGAAAUCAGCAAACGGUAGAAUGCAAUGUAUGAUAACUGCCUUAAAGGUGUUUGUGUUUUUUGUUUUUGUUUUGCGUCGACUGUUAACAACUUUGAAGAAGAAAAAMUAUGGGUUUGUGCCAAACCAGAGUGUGCAAACUUAAGAUAUCAAUAAACUGGACAGGGUGCAUUUUGUGAAUGAAAAGAUCAUUUAAAAAAAGGUUUUAGGAAGCGUUGUACAUUUUCCCUGUUGUCCAGCUAGUACUCAUUCUGUUAUCCGGUGGUGUGACAUGCAUGUGAAGACUGAGGAAGUUGAAUGAUGUAGCAUUUUGGCAGACCAUUUCACUUUUUUUUUU